GGCAGCAGGUCUAAUCUGGUCUAAUCUGAGCAGAAACGUCACCAGGAGAAACAACAUCUGUGUGGAUACUAGCUUUAUUGUUCAUGUCAACUAACUGCGUGGAUGUUGUUUUUUUGAGACAAAAUGUCUAUAACAACUUGUCAGAAGGUCACUCUUAUAUCAUGCUCAGUUCUCUGUGUUUCUCUCUUCCUGCCCAGAAUGCUCUUACCCAGAGGAAAAGAGGACAUGGGCCAACCUGAGGUCGGACCCGGGUUCUACCCUCCUGUCAUGCAUCAGCUAUCUUUCCCAGAGGAUUCGGAUCAGUGGGGUGUGGAUCCUUCUUACUCCAUGACACACAAUGCGGAGAUCGUGGCCAAAGUGAAAGGAAUAGGACGAAAAAAAUACAACCUGAUGGCUCAAGUGAUACCAAUAUAUGGCUUUGGCAUCCUGCUUUACAUCUUCUACAUAAUCUAUAAGUUGACAUGUAAGCAGAAGGCAAAAUCAGGAAACUUAAUGACGAUCAGUAAGACUCCAAUGGGCCAGAGGACAGCGACUGAUUAUGAGCUUGCCAGGCUGCAGGAGAGACUUCUGCAAACUGAAAUGAUGAUGGAAAGGAUCGUCUCUGGAAAAGGCCGUGAAUCUGGGAGUGGCAAAAGGAGGAGAAGUAGAAGUGCAGCUUCGAAGAAGGAGGAAAAACUCCUGAGGCAGCUUCGACAGAUCACACAGCUGAUGCAGGAGGGCCGCUUGGAGGGAGCAUCGCCAGAGAUGGAGGCUGAGGAGGUGCCUUAUGGUGCAGACUGGGAAGGUUACCCUGAGGAGACCUACCCAGCCUAUGACGAUGAGCGCUACAGCAGCAGCAGACCUUAUAAACCCAUCACUCUGGCAAAGACCAACGACCAGCUCACUGCUGAGGCUCUGGCAGAGAGGAUGGAACAAGAGGAGGAAGAAGUUCUGGCAAGGAAACUGGAAGUAGUGCGAGAGGAGGAUGAAGAGGAAGAGGAGGAGGAUGGUGAUGAAGAGGAGGAAGAGGAGGAGGAGGAAGAAGAGCAAGAAGAAGAAGAGGAGGAGGAGGAGGAGGAAGAAGAGGCAGCGGAGAAAAGGCAGUUGCUUCCUCCUUCACCGAUGCGUGUUACAGAUAAAUUGCAGGAGAGGAUUGGUUUGGAGGUGAGCAGAGAGCUCCAGUAUCACAGCGGAGGAAAGAAACAAAUAACCUUCAGUGAACACAACGACGUGUACCGUUACCCCAGAGAGGAUACAUAUGAGGAGGAGAUGGAGGGGAUGGAGGAGCAGAAGCAGUGGCAGGAGGAGGAGCAGGAGCAGGAGCAGGAGGAGGAGGAGGAGGAGGAGGAAGAAGAGGAGGAGGAAGAGGAAGUAACAGAGAUGGAGGAAGAGGAAGGUGAUGAAGAUGAUCCAGUGAUGGAAGCAGAGAGCCUGCAGUUCAGCUGUGAGGGCUGUCCCAACCCAGAAGAAGAAACAGAGGAGGCCAUAGGGGAGGGGUUGUUCAUGUCAGUGCCUGUGGAAGGGGACGCUCAGGUCCACGGAGACCCACCCAAAGAGGUGGGGGGCAGUGGGCUGAGGAUGAGGAACAGACGAGAGACUUAAAAGGCUGUUCUUUUUGCCUGGAAUAAAUGUUAAAAACACAGUCAACUGUUGUACUUUGUGAACAUUACUAUUAACUUACUAUGUAUGUGUAAAAUAUAGUCAAUAGAAAGAUGCGAUGAUGUUCUUAAGUCAUAUUUUCAUGUAAAAGUCUCCUUUCACACCUCAAAUAAAAACUUCAUAUUCCACAUG